AUGGCUUCACAACACAUUCUCCACAACGCCCAAGAUUUCGACAAGUUCUUGAAGGAACGCCCAGCGCCCGAAGAGCUCGUCGAAAAAAACAUCCUGAAAGAUCCAAAGAUCGCGCCUGAGUUGCAGCAACAAGCUGAAGAACUGAAAAAGUCGCAGCUCGAGGAUGCCCUGAGCUCCAAGCUGGAGCAUCGUCCCCCAGCCUCCGAGUUGAUCGAUCACAACAUUCUUCAUGAAUCGAAUGUGGCACCGGGGCUACAGAGGCAUGUGGAGGAGUUGAAGAAAUCGCAGUUGGAGGAUAAGCUUGCGGGUAAGCUCGAGACCCGCCCUCGGCCCUCUGAGCUUGUAGAGCACCACAUCCUUCACGAAUCGGAGGUGGACCCAGCGUUGCGGGAUGAUAAUGUGGAUCGAAGCACUUUCGACACCUCGGCGUCUGCACCCAUCGAAAACCUCCCCUCGCCCAACACCAUUGCUGCCAAACAACAUAUCCUUGUCUAA